ACGCCCCGAUGGAUCCACUCCUUCACAACCCCACUCGUCUCCAGACUUGCGCAGAUGCGAGUGGUGUUUAACCCUUACGCGCACGGCUUGCUGCUCCGCGCCCGGUGAGAGCACCAAACACCCCCCGGCGCAGAGAGCACUUGCGCUCCAUGUGAAUGUCUGCCGCUCUCCCAGCGCACCGCGCUGGUGAUGCCAUGCCGCGAAGUCACGCCGGCGACGACAGCGGCGGCGCGGGUCUCUGGCUGAAGACCCCGACGGGCCGCCGGACGCAGGACCACACGCCGAAGGAUGUGGAGUCCGGGCACCGGGCGAUGAGCAGCGCGGCGCGGGCCGGGGACGGGCUUCCGUCCCCCGGUGCCGCCGGAGCGGAGAGGAAGCAGGGCGCCCGCCUCAGCCUGCUCGGGAAGCCGCUGAUCUACAGCGCGCAGAGCGGGCGCAGGAACGCGAGCUACCGGCGGCUCCAGAACUACCUGUACAACGUGCUGGAGAGACCGCGCGAGUGGGCGUUCAUCUACCACGCCUUCGUCUUCAUCCUGGUGUUUGGAUGCUUGGUUCUCUCCGUGUUUUCAACCAUUCCCGCUCACCAGGAAUUCUCUGCACACUGCCUGCUCAUCCUGGAGUUUGUGAUGAUCGUGGUGUUCGGUCUGGAGUACAUCAUCCGGAUAUGGAGCGCCGGCUGCUGCUGCCGCUACCGAGGCUGGCAGGGCCGCCUGCGCUUCGCCAGGAAGCCCUUCUGUGUCAUCGACAUCAUCGUCCUCAUCGCCUCGGUUGCCGUGGUUUCGGCCGGUAGCCAGGGCAACAUCUUCGCCACCUCGGCGCUGCGUAGCCUUCGCUUCCUGCAGAUCCUGCGCAUGGUGCGCAUGGACCGCCGGGGGGGCACCUGGAAGCUGCUGGGGUCUGUAGUUUAUGCCCAUAGUAAGGAGCUGGUGACGGCCUGGUACAUCGGCUUCCUGGUGCUGAUCUUCUCCUCCUUCUUGGUUUACCUGGUGGAGAAAGAGUUCAACAAGGAAUUCGCCACCUACGCUGACGCCCUGUGGUGGGGCACGAUCACCCUCACGACCAUCGGCUACGGGGACAAAACCCCGCAGACGUGGACGGGACGCUUGCUGUCCGCUGGCUUCGCUCUGCUGGGGAUCUCCUUCUUCGCUCUGCCAGCGGGAAUCCUCGGCUCUGGUUUUGCCCUGAAGGUUCAGGAGCAGCAUCGACAGAAGCACUUUGAAAAGAGGAGGAACCCGGCUGCUAGCCUCAUCCAGUGUGUCUGGCGUAGUUAUGCUGCUGAUGAGAACUCGGUGUCCAUCGCUACCUGGAAGCCUCAUUUGAAGGCGUUGCACACCUGCAGCCCGGCCAAGAAGGAGCAAGGAGAGACCACCUACAGUCAGAAGCUGAGCUUCAAGGAGCGUGUCCGGAUGGCGAGCCCGCGCGGUCAGAGCAUGAAGAGCAGGCAGACGUCCGUCAGCGACCGCCAGCGCUCCUCCCCCAGCAACGAGGGGGGGGGCGAGCUGAUGGGGGGGAGCCCGGCCAAGGUGCAGAAGAGCUGGAGCUUCAACGACCGGACCCGCUUCAGGCCCUCGCUGAGGCUGAAGAGCCAGACCCGCAGCGCGGCGCCGGACGUGGACGCGGCGGCCAUGGCGGCGGAGGACUCCUUCGACGAGAGGGGCUGCCACUGCGACGUGACGGUGGAGGACCUGUCGGCGCCGCUGAAGGCCGUCAUCAGAGCCGUGAGGAUCAUGAAGUUCCACGUGGCGAAGAAGAAGUUCAAGGAGACGCUGCGUCCCUACGACGUGAAGGACGUGAUCGAGCAGUACUCUGCGGGACACCUGGACAUGUUGUGUCGCAUCAAGAGCCUGCAGACCAGGGUGGAUCAGAUCCUGGGAAAAGGCCAGAUCCCCGUGGAUAAGAAGACGAGGGACAAGCUGAACCCAGAUGGAGAUCCUCUGGAGGGCGUGAGCAUGCUGGGCCGAGUGUGUAAGGUGGAGAGACAGGUGACGUCCAUUGAAUCAAAGUUGGACUCCCUGCUGGACGUCUACCGUCAGGUCCUCCAGAAGGGCCCCUCGGCGCUCACCCUGUCCUCCCUGCCCCUGUUCGAGCUGGACCACCAGCAGCACCACCACGGCGACUACCAGGCCUCCAUCCCCAGCAGGGACCUCCCCUCUCCUCAGGGAGGGGGUCCGGCGGGAGGCGGGGGAGAUGGAAACCGGGGGAUCCGGCGAUCCCUCAGCGCCAACCACAGAGGCCUCCGUCUCAUCCUGCCUCCCGCCGACGACGACUGCCCCCCGGACUCAGCCCCCCCAUCCUACCCCCCGUCCACGGCCUCGCUGUCCCCGUCCCCCCUGCUGCCCCCCGACAGCCCCUACCCGACCUUGGCGCCCCCUCAUUGCACCUCCAACAGAGCUCACUUCCCCGACCUGCCGCCCCCACCUCCCUCCUCGGGGGGCUUCACCCUGCGGCUGCCCCCCAUGGACCACACCUCCCACCUCCGAUGCGCCGCCGUGCUGGUCCCGGACGAGGAGGUGGAUCAGGGGGGCCUGGGUCCCUCUCUCAGGGGGGGAUCCGGUCUGGACCCUGAGCGCGAGCGGGGGGGCGGCGAGGCGGGCCCCGCCCAUAGACGGGAGAAGGCGGGCCUGAAGUCCGAGGGGCUCUGGAGGAGGCACCUGAGCCUGGAGGACAACCCCCUGCUGCUGCUCUCGUCCAGUCCGGACGGGACGCCUUCGGACUGGGGGGGCGGGAAGUCCCUCUCCGUGCGCAACCUCAGCCGGCCGUUGAGCAACCACGCCGCCCCCCCUCCCGCCGCGCUGGCGGACCACGAGGGCGCGGGUCACGGCGACCUCGGCGACUGGGACGGCACGGAACUCUUCAUCAGGAAGUGCGAGCUGGAGCCCGAGGGGGAACAUUUGAACUUCCUGUCCCAGGGACCAGACCGAGACCCCUCGGACCUCUUUCACGCUGCGGGGGAGUCUGCUCCUCUCCCCAAGGGCAACGGCGACUUCCUCCCCCAGCCCCCGCACAUACAGCUGGCAUGACCGCGCACUUUUGCAUUCUGCAUGCACAUCGCUAGGGGAGACCCUUCUACAGAAUGUCAACAGAAAGGUCCUCGUACUCGAGAGUGUCCACUUUUCAUGCAGAUUGCAUCACGUUUUAUAUCUUAAAUUAGCAUAAAGUACGAUGAAAGUGGGCAUUUUAAAAAGAAUACAAAAUAUACAAAAACCCUCUUUGAGAUCUUUAUCCAAAGAUCAUUUGGAGAUGACCAGACAUCAGGUUUCAGAACCAGGGGGACUUCUUUUCGACAGUUUAGCUCUUAAGUCUGAACAUUAAAUCAAACCAAAGAAGCCGUUUGGAUGGAAUCCAGGAUUCAAAUCCUUAAUAAAUAUGAUUGUCUCAAGUUACAGAAAUCAAGAAUGUAGUUGAAUCCCAAACAAGCCGCUGGAAACUCAACACGCAGUAAGACCAGUAGCACACACACACACAGGUACACACACAUACACACACACACACACACAGGUACACACACAUACACACACACACACACACACAGGUACACACACACACACACAGGUACACACACAUACACACACACAUACACACACACACAGGUACACACACAUACACACACACAUACACAGGUACACACACAGGUACACACACACACACACACACACACAGGUACACACACUCACACACAGGUACACACACAGGUACACACACAUAGGUGCACACACAAAAAAACAGGUACACACACACACAGGUACACACACAUAGGUGCACACACACACAUGGUCAUUGAAGGUCAGUAAAGGCCAGUAAAGGUCAAAGAAGCCCCCCCCCCCACUAGUUCACCUCUGUCAAAGCUUUGAGACACUUUGAGACCUUUCCUUUAAUAAUCCCCUCAGAUUCAGUGUGUGAGUUCUUCAUAUUGACCCAGGACCAAUAAGGAUUAAAGAUAGAUCAUUAAAUCACAUGAUUGUUAGAGACUUCAUCAAACAUUUAGUUUUGUAAUUGAGGCUGUUUUAUUAAAACAAGAAGAUUAUUUGAAAUGACCUUUCACCUUGUGAGGAAAGAGAUUGGAAGAAAUCCGGAUGUGAAAAAUUCAAAUCAAUACCCACAAUGCACGUAUGAUUUCUUAAUGAUGUUGCAGCUCAGUGUUUGUAUUUACACCAUUUUUAUCAUCUCAGUUUAUGCUCCUGCGUCAUUUUAAAUUUUGCCACCGCAAGGCAUUGUGGGUUGGAAUUAUCUUUGGUAGAAGAAGUAAGUACUAUAAGUAAGAAUUAAAGCACACGUCCUAUGUUUAAGAAGCUAAUAAAGGAAGCAUUGAAGCAUGUUUCCUUUGCUAAAGGAGCUAAUAAAGAGUUCAGCCACACAUCCGCAUGUUAAAGUAACUCCAAACCAACGAGAGAGCACAAAGUCGGCCUUAAUGAACGCAUCUGAACUCAUAAAGGAGCCCUGUUAGGACCUUCUCUCGUUUACCUGUGUGCACCUGGUGCACGGAUGAUGACGGCCUCCACCCAGCCCACGCAGAGGCAGAGCGGUGCUGCGAUGGGUCGGACCCCCCCGGGGGAAACCAUGGUGACGCACGGCUCUUUAUGCGUGCUGUCACGUGAUCCGUGCGUUAGAUUCUGCUGCUGACAUGUCAACGACGUUUCACUCAUGUCGAGGAGAGACCGUGUGACCUCUAUAAUGACCCCAUUUAACCAUUUGGGUGAGUAGCUUUUAAAAAAUGGAGCACGUUCUUUAGUCCAUAUUCAGAUUGUGAAGUUUUCCUCGGCAGGUUUAUGGAAAAUACUUUUUAGAUCCUCUGUGUUUUAAAUGCCAUCUGCGUGUUGACUGCUCGCGACGAGAAUUAAGCACAAAACUGUGAGGGUUCAUUUUUGUUUUUGCAUGUUUACGUCUGAAGGGUCACGCCUUCAGUCUUAAAGAAAUGUGUUUUGACAUGUUAACGGCGACCUUUAUCGUUGUUAAUUUGCAGUAAUUUUCCCUUUUGUUUUGAAGGGGGAGUAAUUGCAUCGCUUAGCAAAUGAAUAUUCUGUAGUAGAAUAUACAAGUAUUAUCUCCUAACAAAUGACGUUAACACUUAAAUAUAUUUUACAGCCCAUGCAGAAGUUGAAGCACGGUUUGUGGGUUUUUUGGGGAGUUUGCGAAGCCUGAAAAAUGUGACCUGGUAGUUUGAUGCUAUUGGAAUAGACUUGUCGUAAUACACUUGUUUAUUGACAAAAAGAGGCCCAAUCAAAACUGUUCAUUUCAAAGUGAGACAUUGAACACAAGAAUAAGUCUGCGCACGCUGAAUCUCACAAAACAUGCCAUUUGUUUUUGCAAUCUGCAAAUGCUUCGGGUGCCUUUCUCACAUGAAACGUUUUAUUCUCAAACUCUCCUGUUUGCCGUUUGCCUGCAGCAUCGUGCAUCGUGUUCUUUGGCUUCUUGUGCCUUUCAGGGCUAUUAAUACAACUUCGCUACUGCUUGAACAGUCAUUUAUUACACUACUGGGCCUUAAAGCUUGACAAUGUUAACAUUAUUUCUUUGAAAUUAAUUUAUUAAAGUGCACAUUAUGUUCUCUGGAUGAGAAAUGCAAAAAUACUUUUAUUAUUCAUUAAUAAAGUACAAAUUAACUAAA